GUCCAAAAAGAAGAUGUUCCGUUGAUUCUAAGGUCGAAUUGUGACAGUAACACUAUAAGAGUUUUAUUAUUUGUAAUAAUUGGGCCUCUCCAUUAUUUAACCCUCACAAAUUAAAGGGUAGCGUAUACUUCCUCCAAAUUAUUAAACUAAUAAACCCCACCGUCUCGGUCCAUCUCACUCCAUCCUGGUGGUAUUGGAAGAGGAAAAGAUGGUGCAAUACCAGUUGAGAAUCACGGCGGAGCUGGAGAACCUCACCAAUCUUCAGCCGCAAGGCGGUUUCGACAACCCUAACUUCACCUACAUGUUCAAGCUGAAAUGUAGUUGUGGUGAAGUGACUGAGAAGGAAACGUGUGUGAGCUAUAACGAAACUGUUGCACUUCCUACCGGAAGAGGGGAAGCUCACCUUGUUCAGAAGUGCAAGUUCUGCACGAAGACUGGAAACUUGACCAUGGUAACUGGGCAUGGCCACCCACUGACCCAGGAAGCUAGUGAGUCAAGAUCAUUUACACCUGCAAUGGUCUUUGACUGCAGGGGUUUUGAGCCAUUGCAGUUUCACUUUGGGGGUGCAUGGCAGGCUGAAUCUAUUGAAGGAACAAAAUUUGAGGGCUUUGAAUUGAGUGAUGGGGAGUACUCUGAUUAUGAUGAGAAGGGGAAGUGUCCAGUCAUGAUUUCAAAUCUUCGUGCCGAUUUUGUCCGGGUGGAUGUGAACAAGUGUGUGUGAAUUGCGUUUGGAAAGUUUUAAGUAUUUUCCCUAGUUAAUUCUAUAGAGUAUGUACUUAAAAAUAUACAUGAAGUUAGAUCAGAUAAUCUGAUGUGAUCGUAGUUAUAUUUAUUUUUUUUAAUUAGGUCUGAGAUUAUUGGGUUUGAUAUUGAUCUAAUUUUAAUAAAAAUAAGUAUUAUGA